AUGCAUCUUGACUUAAAACCAGAUAAUAUUUUAUUAAAUUCAUUAUAUUCAGAUUCUGGUUGUGUUGCAAAAAUUACUGAUUUUGGUACAUCUAGAUUUACUAAAAGAAAAAACAAUGAUAAAGGUCUUGGAACACCAAUAUAUAUUGCACCUGAAUGUUAUCAAGAUAAAUAUUAUAAUGCUAGUGAUGUUUUUUCUUUUGCUAUUACAGCUUGGGAAUUGUUUUAUGCUAAAGAACCAUAUAGUGAAUGUAAAUCAGUAUUUGAUAUUAAGAAUAUUGUGAUUAAUGGUGGAAGAUUAGAAAUUGAUGAACAGAUGCCAGACAAGCUUCGGUCUCUUAUUGUUAAUUGUUGGAAACAAGAACCUAAUGAACGACCUAAUUUUUUGUCUAUUUCUAAGUCAAUGACUGAAAUUUGUAAAGAUGCAAUUAAUCAUAAAGAAAUUGAUAAAGAUGUUUCUAAUAAACGAAUUGAACAAAUAAUUGCAAAAAAGAAAGAACUUAUAGAGUCAAUGACAGAAGAUGAUGCAGAAUAA